GCACUACGUUGCAUGAUGCAACCCUGGAGCCAAGGAAGCCUUUCGCGCACGUUGGGGUGACUGGGCGGUGGCGGUGUUGGGACCAUGUCCUUGGAAGUGACCAGGGCGACUGCAGGGAUGGUGCUAGCAGAGCUGUAUGUCUCAGAUCGAGAGGGAAAUGAUGCCACGGGAGAUGGAACCAAAGAGAAGCCAUUUAAAACAGGCCUAAAGGCUUUGAUGACAGUAGGAAAAGAACCAUUUCCUACCAUUUAUGUAGAUUCACAAAAAGAAAAUGAGAGGUGGGACAUUAUUUCUAAAUCACAGAUGAAGAACAUUAGGAAAAUGUGGCAUAGGGAACAAAUGAAGAGUGAAUCCCGAGAGAAGAAAGAGGCAGAAGAUAAUUUGCGAAGAGAAAAGAACCUCGAAGAAGCAAAGAAGAUUACCAUUAAAAAUGAUCCAAGUCUGCCAGAGCCACAGUGUGUGAAGAUUCAUGCAUUAGAAGGAUAUAGAGGCCAGAGAGUGAAGGUUUUUGGCUGGGUCCAUAGGCUGCGUAGGCAAGGAAAGAAUUUAAUGUUCCUGGUGUUGCGGGAUGGUACRGGUUAUCUUCAGUGUGUCUUGUCGGAUGAGUUGGCUCCAGGGGGCCACGAGCUGAGUUGUGACUUCUGGGAACUUAUGGGGUUGGCCCCUGCUGGAGGAGCGGAUAACUUAAUCAAUGAAGAAUCUGAUGUCGAUGUCCAGCUGAACAAUAGGCAUAUGAUGAUCCGAGGAGAAAAUAUGUCCAAAAUCCUAAAAGCACGUUCCAUGGUCACCAGAUGCUUCAGAGAUCACUUCUUUGAUAGGGGGUACUGUGAAGUUACUCCUCCAACGUUGGUGCAGACGCAGGUAGAAGGUGGUGCCACGCUCUUCAAGCUUGACUAUUUCGGGGAAGAGGCAUUUUUGACUCAGUCCUCUCAGUUGUACCUGGAGACCUGCCUUCCAUCCUUGGGAGAUGUUUUUUGUAUUGCACAGUCAUACAGAGCAGAACAAUCCAGAACACGAAGGCACCUGGCUGAGUACACUCACGUGGAAGCUGAGUGCCCUUUCCUGACCUUUGAGGAUCUCCUGAACAGAUUGGAGGACUUGGUUUGUGAUGUGGUAGAUAGAGUCUUAAAAUCACCGGCAGCAAGCAUAGUGUAUGACCUCAACCCGAACUUUAAACCCCCUAAACGGCCUUUCAAACGGAUGAACUACUCAGAUGCUAUUGUGUGGCUAAAAGAACACAAUGUAAAGAAAGAAGAUGGGACUUUCUAUGAAUUUGGAGAAGAUAUCCCAGAAGCUCCUGAGAGACUAAUGACAGACACCAUUAAUGAACCAAUCUUGUUGUGUCGAUUUCCUGUGGAGAUCAAGUCCUUCUACAUGCAGCGAUGUCCUGAGGAUUCCCGCCUUACUGAAUCUGUUGACGUGUUGAUGCCCAAUGUUGGUGAGAUUGUGGGAGGUUCAAUGCGUAUCUGGGAUAGUGAAGAAAUUCUGGCAGGUUAUAAAAGGGAAGGGAUUGACCCCACUCCUUAUUACUGGUACACAGAUCAGAGGAAAUAUGGUACAUGUCCUCAUGGAGGAUACGGCUUGGGCUUAGAACGAUUCCUGACUUGGAUUCUGAAUAGAUAUCACAUCCGAGAUGUAUGCUUGUACCCUCGAUUUGUCCAGCGCUGUAAGCCAUAACUGAUUCCUCCUAAAGCAUGAAGAAAAGAUGGUCAUGAAAGAAACAGACUGCCUCAUUAAAAAGGAACAAAAUGCCAAAUUGUCCCAUGUUUAUUCCAUUGGGGUAUAGCUUUCUGUUUUUUAUUCCCAGCUACCAUAAAACCAUAAAAAGUAGUUCACAUUAUUUGAAUAUCAGGGGACAUUGAUAU